AUAUCCAAAAUGCGUAGUUGGCAACUCUGACUUGAUUUCUUUCCCAGAGUUGACUAAUUUACUGCUUCUCAAAUUCGUAUUUUAUUGGUGAUAUUUACAUAUAGCAUUGCUAAAUCAUUUGCGCUUUCGUCAUGGGUGAUGGACAAGGAGAAAAUCAACUCCUCCUGGCGAAUGAGGAGGUAAAUGAGAGUACGUUAUCGGUGAUCGGACCUGAUGAAUUACCUCCGCCGUACCAACAAGCUGGGAUGCCCAUGGUGACAUGUCGCGUCUGCCAGGCUAUGAUAGACAUCUCUGGGAAGAGAGAACAACAUGUUGUCAAAUGUUCUGAGUGUAAUGAAGCAACGCCAAUACGAAAUGCGCCGCCGGGGAAGAAGUUUGUGCGGUGCCCGUGCAACUGCUUGUUGAUCUGCAAGUCGUCGUCGCAGCGCAUCGCGUGCCCGCGGCCCGACUGCAAGCGCAUCAUAAACCUGGCUCCGUCACCCGUCACGCCACCCGUGCCUACUAUGCCCGGCAUGUGCAGGGUCAUCUGUGCACACUGCCAGGACACAUUCUUGUAUCAACUACUGAAGAACUCGCCGGUGCGAUGCCCUCACUGUAGGAAGGUGUCGUCAGUGGGGCCGCGCAUGGCCCUAGUCAAGGGCACGAUAUUCGCAGUACUUGCUCUCAUAUGUUUCGCGAUCGCUCUUGGCGUGACGCUGGGCACACUCGCGGCCGCUAAGAGCCACGGCGGCGGCGUGUACGUCGCCUACGUCGGCGCCUUCCUCCUUGCACUCAUCCUCGCCGCCCGCGCCAUCUAUUACUUCGCUAUGAAAGUAAGUGUAAUCGACGGACCCAUGUAAUAAUUACCGCACUAGGUUUUGUGAUAUGACUAGGAAAUAUGAAAGAUUUCUCAAUUCCACAUAGCAUUAUUAUGUUAUUGAAUAGUUUUAUUAUACAUAUAAAACGCAUAUUUUAAAUGAAACCAUCACAACGAGAACUGAUUGAAUUUUGAAACCAACUUGAGUGGUACGACAAUAUCGCGUGCCAACCCGCAGUCAUUGAGAAGUUUCAUUAUAUAAUAUUAUUGUAUAGAAAAUUGAUUGAAUGAAGAUAUAUUCAAUAUUCUCUAUUGUUUCCCAAAUCUACUGAACAUCUUUAUAUAUAUGUUUUGAGAUGUUGCAUGUAAAGGAUUGAGCAUUUUUAUGGUAGGUAAAUUUAACAAAUUGUGUCAUUAAAAAUAGAUUUAUUUUACUUGACAUGUAGUUGUCGAAAUAAUAAAUUAGCGAUGAGAUUAUUCUUCAAAAUCCAAAAGAACUGAGUGCGUUCUAUAAACAGGGUGACAUGUAUAAUUUAUUGAGGUUUUUGUUCAUUUCUUAGGAGUGUUUCAUUGCGAAAAGUAAUGAAUAACAUUGCCCACUUUCAUUGUGUGUUGGCGAUUAAUGAAUACUGCAAAGCAAUAAUAAAAACUAGAAACUUGUUCAUUCAUUAUAAUAAGUGUUUGCGAUAGUGCAUGUGUAUGUAAAACAGACAUGACAUAAUUUCUUAUUGACUUGUAAUAAUUCUUACAAGUUAACAGUGAUAAAGUGGUAAUCUUGUAUAUACUGAUCAUAUUGCUACCGUGCGGCGAUUUCACAGCGUUGCCUUGUGUCAGCAGUGUAAACAUACUUUAUCAAUAUUUGCAUGCUAUUGUUGAUAGCUGAUAAGGAGAGACUUUUAUGAGCAUCCAUCUAUUAAUGUACCCUUUUCAAAAGCAAAUAAAGAGUAUUUCUAUUUCUAAAGACGGAGACGCAGGAAGGAUUUUUUUUCUAAAUCUUUAUUAAUGACGUUAUAUUCAAACCCACCUGUCAGUCUCAAUUUACACGCUAACUUCGAUCUCCCGCUAUGCGCUGCUACACUGGACUAAUGGGAGAUAAAGUUAUAAAAAAUCGAUUAUCUGAACAAAUACUCCUGCUUUGAUAUCGCAAUAGCUGUUAUCGAUAUAUAUUUAUUUAUUUUAUAAAUUGACUUUCAACGAAAAUACGGGAUCUUGAUAUCGAUUUCUUCUAAUGAUUGUUUGAAGUUGAUAAUUUUCUUUAUUUUUUUAAGAAACAUUUAAUUUUCGUUUGCAUUCGAAUAUUACGUAUUUUAAAAAAUUUAGUAUGACCUAUAUUUAGCUUCCUUUUUUAUUUCGUUUAAUAAUAUGGGACACUUCUAUUAUACGGGAGGAAAUACCUAAUUUAAAAAGUUAACAACAUGUAACCAUCGCUUAAAACAGUAGUUCGUGGGGCUCCGGGAAUUACUGGUGUUGCCGCAUAGAGCCACUAAUAAUUGUCUGCAAUUCAGAAGUUCGCCCGCAAUCAUACAGACGUAAGGUCUAAUGUCCUUUUUAAAUCCAAACCCAUUGUUAACUAUUGUGUCGGGAAAUCUGGUUUUAACAAGAUUAAAAUAAAAAAUCCAUCUGUUAAUCAUGGUAAGAUUCCCCCUGAAGCGCAGACAAGUGUUAUUGGCUGUAUCUGAAUUUGUUCAACCGAUAGCCCUAGGUUAAGUUAGUGAGUUUGUUUUGAGUUGGUUAUUAUGUGAUAAAAGUAUGAUAGUGAAGGCUAGAGUCAUUGUUUUUAUUUUAUUUUUCUUUUAGAUGCCUACUGAGGUAUUUUAUAGUCGAACUAUAACAUUCUCUGUGAAUUGUAUUGUGUUAGGAUAUUUUAAACAUUAUAUUACGUGUAAAAUUAUCAGUACCUACCUUAGACAAUAUUAUAUAUCAUUUAUUAUUAAUUUUCGUAACAUGUUAGGGCUUUACACGUGUAUUUAUAGCUAUAAGUCAAAUAAAUUGUAACUAUGAAA